ACUUUUCGAAAUUCUGGCGCCAAAAUCACCCCCAUUUCUGCGUGUUUGAGCGAGAGCAAGAUGAAAGACGAACAUCAUGAAAUUCAAACUCCAAAGAAGGAACAAAAUCUGUCAGUUUCUUCCAAUCGAAAGUCUAAAUCGAUGAAUACUCCAUCGAAGAAGCUAAAUCAUCAGCAACAAAAGAGUGUAAAAACGAACGUGAGUUCUCCGAUUACUGAGGCAGAUGUGGUAUUGAACUUAUCAGAUAAGGAUUCAAGCGAGAAGAUCUCAUCAGUUUCAGUAGCAACUGACGCAGAUCAGUCAAUCGUAGAUAUCAGCAAAUCGAACUUAAACUCUGAUAACACUGUGGCUUCUGACGACACUUUAGAGCUCAAACUUCCAGAAGAAUCAGUCGGAAUAUCGGCAAUGUCAGAGGCAUUUGUGUUUUACGACGAUCAAUCGUCCUUGGAGAGCUACAUUUCGUCUUUAGAUCAACAUGUUUCACCAUCAUCUAUUGCAUACAGUUCCCUAGAAUCGACUCCAUUGUCAUCCAAGUCACCAGCAGUAAUAACUCCUCUGUCAUCCAUAACAACUGUCGAAACAACCCCAUCAUCAUCAACAACCGCUGCGGUUCAUGGAUCCAUAAUAGCCGAAACAAAAUCAGUUAAGCCAGAAAUACUGGCAAAGCAUCUAAAAGAAUCCAUGUUUCAGGUUUUACAUUCAUCUGACAUAGACACCAAUCACAAGAAGCUUCUAGACGCACUAGUCAAGAUGGUGAUUGAACAGUUCUGUACUUCACAUGAAGAUCGCGGUUCAGUUGUUGGUCUGUUUUCAAAGAAAGUAAAGCUUGUGCUGCUGAGCUAUUUGCUUGUAAUGCUUCUUGGUUCUGCUGGUUUCUUCCUUUUAUCAGAUGUUCAAAGCUGCUAUCAUGGCCCUCCACCAACCUAGUAUGUUGAUACCUCCUCCUCCUCCUCCUCAUGUCCUUUCCUUUAUUAUAUUCUGUUUGGUAUUACUUACUUUAGCAAUCUUAUUGAUUGAACAUUCUACAUAGAAUAAGAUGAAACAAUGGCCAACACAUCUAUUAUAUAAUAAUAAUAAUCCUA